UGCAUCAGAAGGUCUCUGGCGCUGCUGCAGACAUCAACCUCCACCAGAACUUCACCCAACAUCUGCAUUGACACACAGGUGGAGGGAUGUGGUCCAUAACCUGCUCCACCCCCACCUCCGCCCUGAGAAACAAGGAUUAAUUCAUCUGCGUUUGUUUGGCUGCCUGUGGGACGCUGAGUAGGCGGGCUUUAGGACCCCGCGGCGUGCCGCUCCAUGCAGGCAGACGUCCGGAGGAGAGCUGCUCUCCGGUGCUGAGGCAGGAGUCAGGAGGCAGGAGUCAGAAGGCGGGAGCGGCCGCGAACAUCCUCCGUCCGAUUCUUCAUCCGACCAGAACCCCAGAACUCCUGCAGAAACCAGAGCAGUGACCUUCACACCAUGUGCUGCUGUGAAAGUCUGUGAGUGGAAACCAUCACAAGCAGGUGCACAAAGUCGUCUGCAGAGCCUCAGGCGUGCGGCGUGAUGGGAGGUGCUGCGGUGGACGUGGAUACGGGCGGCGUUAAGGCUCCGGAUGGCGGCUGGGGCUGGGCGGUUCUGGCUGGGUGCUUCGUCAUCACAGGGUUCUCUUACGCCUUCCCCAAAGCCGUCAGCGUGUUCUUCAAAGAGCUGACCAAGGAGUUCGACGUCGGCUACAGCGACACCGCCUGGAUCUCCUCCAUCCUGCUCGCCAUGCUUUAUGGCACAGGUCCUUUGUGCAGCAUAUUGGUGAACCGCUUCGGCUGUCGGCCUGUCAUGAUGGUGGGCGGCCUCUUUGCGUCUUUGGGAAUGAUCCUGAGCUCCUUCGCCACCAACAUCAUCCACAUCUACCUCACAACCGGAGUCAUUACAGGUCUGGGGUUGGCCCUGAACUUUCAGCCGUCUCUCAUCAUGCUGAACCGGUACUUCAGUGAGAAGCGGCCGUUGGCCAACGGCCUUUCAGCGGCUGGGAGCCCCGUGGCGCUGUGCUGCCUCUCUCCGCUGGGCCAGGUCCUGCAGUACCACUACGGGUGGAGGGGGGGCUUCCUCAUCUUGGGUGGCAUCCUGCUAAACUGCUGUGUUUGUGGAGCCCUCAUGAAGCCUUUGGUUGACCCCAAGAAGGUCAAGAAACAGGACCACAACAAAGAGCAGAGCCCAGAGGAGGAGAAGAUGAAAGCCAAAGCCAAACUUCUGGACUUCUCUGUGUUCAAAGACUGCGGCUUUGUCAUCUACACCGUAGCAGCCUCCAUCAUGGUGCUCGGCCUCUUCGUGCCCCCGGUGUUUGUUGUUAGCUAUGCCAAGGAGCUGGGGAACGAAGACACCAAGUCGGCGCUGCUGCUCACCAUCCUGGGCUUCGUUGACAUGUUUGCGCGGCCCACGUGUGGCGUGAUCGCUGGGCUGAAAUGGGUUCGGCCGCGCUGCGUCUACCUCUUCAGCUUUGCCAUGCUCUUCAAUGGAAUCACCGACCUCAUUGGCUCACAGUCCAAAGACUACCCGUCCCUGGUGGUCUUCUGCAUCUUCUUCGGUAUCUCCUAUGGAAUGGUGGGGGCGCUGCAGUUUGAGGUUCUGAUGACCAUUGUGGGGACGGAGAAAUUCUCCAGCGCCAUCGGCCUGGUCCUGUUAAUGGAAGCUAUUGCUGUGCUGGUGGGGCCGCCGAGUGCAGGUCGGCUGCUCGACGCCACACACAACUACAUGACCAUCUUCCUGCUGGCAGGAUGUGAGGUCGUGCUCUCAGCGGUGGUUUUGGCCACCUGUAACUUCCUGUUCAUCAAGAUAGCGCCGGAAGUCAAGCCGGAGGGCAACGCAGUGACAGACGACUCCGAAGCAAACGCCUGCAGCAGGAGUGGGGAGGGGGAUGAAGGCGAGGAGGAGGAGGAGUUAGGGGCUGAAAGGGGGGAGGAGGUCAGGCCAAAGAGCGUGAUGGUGAACACACAGGAAGUGGAGAGGUUCCUCAAAGAACCUCAGCCGAACGGCAGCAUGGCGGCCAGUCCUGAAACGUGCCUGUGAGGCGGAAUAGGGAGGGGCUUAACCGCCGCCAUCCCAGCUGAAAUGCUUUUCGUAUAAUUCCAUGUUUAUUCCAGGUGUUGUUCUGUGUUUUGGUGGGGAGGGAUUGAAGCCACUGCCUUUGCAACAUCCCCAAGCCAAUGCCGGUCAGACCUUCGUAACAGAAGUUUGUGCCUGAAGUCGCUGCAGAACCGCCGUGUGGCGCCCGCCACCAGCCAAGACCUCCGAGGGACCAGCGGGACCACAUCCUGUUCCUACUGUUAGUUCAUCACACCGGGACGCCGUUUGCACUGAUUCAAUAGCUUGGAGGAGUCGGCGGGGGGUUUUAGCAAUAGCUUUCAGUUUUAUUUAACCCUUUACUGAUGGAGACCAAAACUCUGGAGGGGGCCGACAAUGUCGGGACGUCCCAAACAGAGUCAAUAAGACCUGAAGACCGCAGCCGCAUCUUCUCCUGGACCCACCUUUUGUUUUGAAAUUCCUCCGCCUUGUUGUUGAUGUCCGGAGGCUGUUCCCAUGGCAACAGAGGCAGGAACUCCCCAAGCUGCAAAACACAACUUUGUGCGACCCCCCCCCCGGCCCUCUCAGAUGAAGACCAAAAGCAGCCCAACUCACCCGUUUCACAAACCCCCAUGAGCCCUUUCAGCCUCCCGUCACCUUUUCUGGGGAUGGAAGCGGAUCAGCCGGAGGUUUGGGGGCGGGUGGGACGCAUCCACAGAGCACAAAGGCUCAUGGGAAACUCAUUUCGGUCCUGAACGAACCCACACGCUGCUUUCGCUGUUCGACGUUGCAAAGAGCUUUGAUGGAGCCAGAAGUGUGUUUCUGUUGUGUUUGUUGUGUGGCGUCUUGCUCACAUUUUUGUGUCACAGCUGUCUGUGUGUGUGUGUGGGGGGGGGGUCAGUGCUGGCCCCCCUGCUGUGGGAGUCCUGAACGGGGGGGAGGCGACGUUUGUCUCGUGCUUCUUCACUCCGGUGUCGUCGUUUGUCCCCAAGAAAUGCUGCUUUCCCCUCAGUGAUGAAGAGUGAGGAGGAGGAGGGUGGUGAAUGUCGCUGCCUCAGUGUCCAGUGUUGUCUGUACGUCUGUUUUACUGAAGCUGUAUUAAAAAGGAUAAUAUUUAGUCUCUUAA